AAAAAGUACAAAUGGACUGACAUAGAGACAGAUGAUCUGUACAAGUUUUUUGGUCUUCUUAUGUACAUGUCUUUGGUGUCGCUGCCAAGUCUCCAAGACUACUGGAGACAAAAUCACGUUUUGUCUGUACACCUUCCAGCCAAAGUGAUGACACGAGACAGGUUCAGAUCCAUAUUUUGGAACAUCCACCUCAGUGAUCCUGAGGAGGAUGUUCAUAAUGACAGACAGAAGGGAACACCAGGCCAUGACAAAUUGUUUAGAGUCAGGCCUCUUUAUGAUGAUAUCCUCAGUGCCUGCCAGGCUUAUUACCACCCGAGGAGGGAGCUGGCAGUGGAUGAAAGGAUGGUGGCGACUAAGGCAAAAACUGGCAUGACACAAUAUAUGAAGGACAAGCCAACUAAAUGGGGGAUUAAACUUUUUGUAUUGGCCGAGUCAAGCAGUGGCUACACCAUCAAUUUCAGCAUAUACACUGGCAAGGCAGUAACUGUGAGUGAACAUGGGCUGUCUUAUGAUGUGGUCAUGAAGCUUAUUCAGCCAUCCUGUCUUGGCACUGGAUAUCACGUCUACAUGGACAAUUUUUACACCAGUCCCAAACUAUUCAUGGACCUGGCCAGCAUGAAAUUUGGAGCGUGUGGCACCUACAGGGAGAGCAGAAAAGGAUGCCCCAGAGGGAGGGAAAAUGCUCUCACCAAAAGAUGUGAAAGAGGAUCAGUGAGAUGGAUCAGAGAGGGCCCACUUGUGUUUGUGAAGUGGAUGGACACACGGGAGGUGUCUGUGUGCUCCACCAUCCAUCCUGCAUUUUCAGGUGACACAGUGCGGAGAAGGGUGAAGGACAGAGAUGGACGCUGGGCUGUGCGAGACUUUCCCUGUCCCACACCAAUCGUGGCCUACAACCAGAGUAUGGGUGGGGUUGAUCUGUCAGAUCAGCUCAUACAGUAUUACUCCACCCACAGAAAAACUGGUCACUGGUACAGGACCAUGUUGCUGCACUUCUUGGACAUUGCAACAACAAAUGCCUUCAUCUUGCACCGUGAGAUGAGCAAUGCCAAGCAGGUGCAGCCCAUGACACAUAAAGAUUUCAUGGUGGAGCUGGUGAGUCAGCUUUGUGGCAUGGACAAGGAAGGUGUUCCUCAGAGCAGGAGAGCUGAUCAUGUUCCUGUGCCCAUUGUCACAGCCACAGAUGCAAGCCAAAAAGCCACAAAAGGCAGACAGAGGUGCAAACAUUGCCUCCAGGUGGACAACAGGAGGAGUGACACACCCUGGAAGUGUCAGGCCUGUGAUGUGCCCCUCUGUGUUGUGGUGGACAGGAACUGCUUUUCAGAGUGGCACAAAUAAGUUGUGUGGCAUCUGAUUGUUUUGUAAAUAGUUGUUCAAAAAACGCCUGAGGCAUUGCCUGCAUUUUCAUGUAAAUAGUUAUAUAUAACUUUGUUGUUUGCUAAAUUUGUUCAUAAGUUUUUGAGUUCACAAUUUAUAUUUCCAUUCUAAGUUACAAAAAUGGUUCGUUAGACAUGUUUGUGGUUUUCACAGUCAAAAAUCAAACUUUUUCCUACUCGGAUUUUAUGUUUUAUGUGUGAUUUUAGGUCCAGUGUGUUAAUACAGUAUGUCAAAAUGCCAAAAGUAACUGUACAGUCAUACAGGUGAGGUUGUGCUGAAAAGAAUGAUACCAAACAAGGCAAGGUAAACAGUUUUUUAAGGUGAAAUUUAAAGGUAAAAUGAAAAGUAGUCAAAAACGGCCAAUUAUCCCCUAGACCCCAAAGGGUAAGCUGUAAAAUGUCGAACUUUGUUACAGUACUUUACAUCAUGCUGUUAUAGAAUAGAAUAGAAUAGAAUAGAAUAGAAUAGAAUAGAAUAGAACUUUAAUUGCCACGUGACAAGAGUCGGAGGUAUUUGCUUUCAGUACAUAUAUACAGGACACUGCUUCAUAGUCACAACAUCAACAAGUGCAUACAGACAUCCACAGAGCAUAUUGCAAAAAACAAUAGCCCUGUAGCCAAAACCCCCACAACGUGACACACAGGGUCCGCAACUAACACUCGCCACUCUCCAAUUCCGGGUAGAUUUUGUCUCUGGCUGGUAAAUUUUUUGGUUAUUUUUUUACCAGCGAAAAAUGCAUUUUUUGUUACUGGAGAACGAUGCUGGUAUUGGCUGAUUUCCUGGCAGAGUAAUGUGUAUUUCAGGCAGAGACGAUCUUUGGUCACGCAAGUGCGUCAGUCAUGACGUCAUCACAGCGCGCCGAGGUGGAUAGCUGUUGUUGUUAAUAGGCUCGUUCGGGAUGAACUGCGCCUCGCCUGGAAAGUAGACGAGAGCAGGCGGCCGCAGCGGGGGGCGGUGACAAAAAGCUGCGGUGAAGUCAGACAGUUUCCAGCAGUCUUCAGUCCAUACAGGAAGUCACAGACACACUUACAUCCUGUCUGGAAUGAUGUCAAUUCAUUAAAAAAGUGAUCAGACCCAUAUGUCAGUUUGUUUUCAGUCUCCAGUUGUUUUAAUUAUGAUAGACUAAUUUAUUAAAAUGCUUUACAGAUGAUCUGUAGUUUAUGUUCAUGGUUUAUCCUCCAUUUGACAUGAAUUCUCCUAUAAAUCAGCAUCAUAUCAGUUUGACCUGUCUCCUCAACUACAGGGGCUGAAUAAAUAGUGUCUGACUGUAAGAUUAAUAUUUUCAGACGGAAAAAAAUACAACAGCUUUCAUUAAGGCUCAGUCAGAUACAGUCAGGGCUUCACAUCUGUACAG